UAUUAGUCCAGAGACCUUUUUGUCUUUCUAUUCCUAUCUCCUUCCUCGUUGCAACGCCCAUCUGGUUCUACAUAUGUUUUACACUUUGGUGAUGGGCGUAUGGAAAAAUCAACGAAAAAUCGAGGGAGGAAUAGGUUUUUCAAUUGUUGUAGACUUGUAAAUUUCAACGAUGACACAAUUAUAAAACGGGGUCAUGCAUAUAAGUCGAAAGAUCAAUCCUUGAAGCGUGUAAGAUCACAAGAAAAGUUGGACACAAUGUUGAAUAAAGAUUUCACCAAAAACAUUCGGCAAAGCCGAAAGGAGAACGUCUUUUGCAGAAGUUUCUCUGAUGCACUCAAAUAUGUGUUUUCUGAGACAUCAUUGGGGAAGAAGAGUCAGAAGAAAGAGCCUAAGUAUUCAUUUGGAUCAAGUAAGAAGUUAUCAUUAAAAUUGGAGAAGAUAUUUUAUUCAAUGAAUGAAUCAAGGUCUUCAUCAAAGAAUUUCUCAAAUAUUGAUGGGAACUCGAGAAUAAGCUCGGAUGAUUCUUCCUUAUUCACGUCUUCAACUUCAACCUCUUCAUCUCCAUCAUCUUCUUCUUGUACAUCUUCGAGAUCUACAUCGCAGAGAAAGCAAUUUCCAUCUUUUCACAAAUCGAAAUCGGUGAAUAAUAUGCAAGUUUAUGACAAUAUAAAAGAAAAAGAAAUUGCGUUACGUUACAACAAGAACGUUGGAACUUAUUCUCUAUUAAUCUGUUUAUUGGUUAUGAUCUUUUGUGGGAAAGUUUUUGCCAUUGUUUGCACUUCAACAUGGUUAUACUUUGCUCCUCGUUGUUUCAAACGCAUUCAUGACUCGGAAGAGUACAAGAGAAAUGUUAUCGUGGAAGGGUUUUUUGAAAGAUCUCAUAAUAGGUUGUUGUAGUAAAAAGAAGUAUAUAUGUCCCAUCCCUAUUUAGAUAUAUACUCCUAUCCAUCCUAUCCUUUUUUUUUUUUUUUGAACUUUUUCAUUAUAUAUCAUGUAAGCCUGUGAUAUUGCAAUGGCCUUGUUUGUCGUAUUGUUACAUUGUACAAAAUGUUACAGAAUGACACGAAGAAGAAACAAAAAAAAAUUGCAUAGAUGUA